AACUAUUAAACAGUAUGAUUUUUGGAAUUUAUUCUGCAUCUGAUAACCGUUCAGCGAUUACUUUAAUGUGGGAUACAUUUAAAGUAACAGAAUUGGCACGAUUAUUAUUAAAUAGUCAAUCAAUUCCAAAUGGCAUAAUGACAGAUACUGCCUUUUCCGAGCAAUGGGGUCUAUUUACUUUGCUUUGUGAGUUAUUUAGUAGAGUUUUGUUUACUAUGGGAGAUGACGAAUUCUUUGAUGAGAGUAAAAAUCCGUUAAAAUUAUCAGAAAUUAUUAAUAUGUCUAUUUGUAUGAAGCAUGUGGGAUUCUCGUUAUAUUGGAGCAAUAGUACUUUGUUAAAGUUGGAUAGUACGAUUGAAGGAAGCUUGCUUAAUAAUUUAAGAGAGAUUGUUACUAAGUUAUUACGGCAAAUUCAUGCGAGAGAUUCUCGUCGUCAAUUCACACCAUCAGAUCAUUGGUUAAUGACUUCAGAAAUUGAUAUGAAUGUUUUUGUGGAGGCUGUAGUUCGUGAGGAACAAGAGCUUGAACGAGAUAAUGAUAAAAUUCAUUUAAAUAAGAAACAAUUAGUGAAUUUCAGCCCGAGACUUGGAAUUUUGGAUAAUAUUCCCUUCGUAAUACCUUUCGAAGUUCGGAUUAAAAUCUUUAGAGAAUAUGUAUAUAAUGAUAAAAAACGAGACCGCCAUUUCGAUGUCUUUCCGCAUCCACGUACACGUGUUACAAUUAGACGAAAUUCCGUGUUUGAGGAUGGUUUCACCCAUCUUAAUGCAUUAGGCGCCGGACUGAAAAGUCCGGUUGCUAUUCAAUUCAUUGAUGAAUUUGGAAUGCCAGAAGCCGGUAUUGAUGGGGGCGGUUUAUUUAAAGAAUUUUUGACAUCGUUAACACGUGUUGCAUUUGAUACGAAUUAUGGGUUGUUCCUCAGCACGAAGGAACAACUUUUAUACCCUAAUCCGCAUAGCUACGCAAAACAAGAAACCCAACUCGAAUAUUAUGAGUUCAUAGGUCGUAUAUUAGGCAAAGCUUUAUAUGAAGGAAUUUUAGUUGAUGCAGCAUUUGCCGGGUUCUUUUUAAGCAAAUGGCUAGGAAGAUCAUCAUAUUUGGAUGAUUUGCCUACACUUGAUCCAGAAUUAUACCAUGGCUUAAUAUACUUGAAAAACUAUAAAGGCGAUGUUGAAUCGGAUUUAUCACUUAAUUUCACCGUUGUUGACAAUGAGUUUGGUGAAUCUCAAACUAUUGAAUUAAUCCCUGGGGGAAGUGACAUACCGGUUAAUAAUGAUAAUCGUAUACGCUAUAUAUAUAUGAUGGCACAUUAUCGACUAAACAGACAAAUAGAUCGUCAAUGUAAGGCAUUCUUUCGAGGGUUAUCGGAUUUGAUUGACGAGAAGUGGUUAAGAAUGUUUAAUCAGGAAGAACUUCAAAUAUUAGUUGGGGGUGCAUAUAUUCCAAUAAAUAUUGAAGAUUUAAAACAAAAUACAGUAUAUUCUGAUUAUAAGGAGGAUGAUCUAGUUAUUAUUAAUUUCUGGAAAGUUGUAUCUGAGUUUUCUGAAGAACAAAAGCAAAAAUUAAUAAAAUUUGUUACAUCCUGUUCUCGACCUCCUAUACUUGGGUUUAAGGAACUUAAUCCAAAGUUUAGUAUACGUAAUGCUGGAUCCGGAACGCGAUUGCCUUCUUCUAGUACUUGUGUUAAUUUAUUAAAAUUGCCAGCUUAUCCCGAUGAAGAUACUUUGAGAGAGAAAUUAUUAUACGCUAUCAAUGCAGAUGUUGGGUUUGACUUAUCUUAAUAUAUUUUUUUAAUUAUUAAUUAAAGAGGUGGAAGAAUGUAAUUUUAAAUUAAGAAAAAAAAAAACAAUUUAUUGUCACGUGACACAUGAUAGAAUUUAAAUCAUGUGAUAUGAUAUGUGACCUUAAUUAACGUAUAUAUUAAAAUUUGGUUUGCAUAUUUGCUAAGCUUAUUUAAAUAACUAGUAUAUUAUCACUGGUAUUUACUUAAUACGAAGUUUUGCCAAAGUAUAUACAACUAUUAGAGAAUUGGACAAGUAAUUUUUAUGAUAUAUCAAAGAUUGUUUAAACGAUUUUUUAAUUAAGCUUAUUGAUAUUCACAGUUCGGAUGAUAUUCCAAUAACUCUGUUAUUAUGCAUAUAAAUCAUAUUGUUGUUCAGUCGAUUAAGAAUAUGCAGGAUUUUACUGAACCAUUUAUCGUUGCCGAUAAGUUUCACGAUGGAAGAAUGCUCACAAAUGAUACAAGAAGGAAAUGUUGUUUACCAAUGUACUAU